CGUCAUCAUCCAGCUGUGCUGUACCAUUGCCGCUGUCUUACAUUUCUUUUUAUUAGAUUGGCCUUUUCUGCCGUCAGUCUAAUUUUCGAGUUCUUGUCCCAAACAUCGUCAGGUUCUCUUCUGUAGUUUUCAUAUCAAAGUCUUCUUGGACUCAGCAGAUGAUAAACAAGUCUUUCGCCUUCAAUUCUACCGUUGUCUAUUAUCGCGUUCAGCGAUAAACCGCGUCGUCAAAUUUGUCGAUCGCAUACUGCGACAACUAAUCUUGUGCCACAACAAAACCUGGAGGCCUCCAUAUCUACCUACAUACCUAGGCAAGAACCUGAGGGCCAGCGCUCAACUCCAAAUUGCGAUCAUACAACAAAAAUGUCGGAGCCAGGAGACAGACCUACGACUACCGAGUCGCAACGAAAUCCUUAUGCGUCGGCCAGCCGCUGGCGACACCAGGAAUCAUCUGCUUAUGCUGCACAUGCUUCACAGCUCACUGGCGAUGGCGCACCACGAGACCCUCACCAAACGACCGGUAACGUGGGCGAGCUUGCAGACUUCCUAAACCAGUCCCGCAUGGAACCAGAAGACGACAAUCGUGAUACGGAAAAGUACAGACCCAUUACCGCCGCCGCUGGUGAUAUCAAUGGAAGCGUUGCAGGUGACAAUGUAGGCCAGAGCCAUGCUGGUCAAGGCGCCCGUGGAGAAAACGCCCCUGAUGGGAAGACGAUCGUCUGUGGUCCUCUUCUGAACUACCGUCGUAUGAACGAGGGACGAUGGUAUGGGAGCGUUCUCAUUGUCGUGGAAGGUGGCGGCAAAAUUCCCUUGGACCAGCCCUACUUGACCCUGAAGCAAGCUGUUCAGCCCCAAGAGGGUGGCUCCGCAAGUCAGGAACCGACAAAUGGGGCUCAAGAGGAGGUACGUGUUGACGGGAAAUGUCUUUACUCGGAUCCGCGCAACACCUUCUGGGCUUUCGAUAUUAGUGUCCCAAUUCAAGCUACAGAGGCCAGCUACGAAUAUGUUUUGCCCGAACUACGCUUCUCGACCGAGCACAAGCCCCGAGUAAACAGGUUUUUCGUACCGGCGAAGACCGAGUCCAUGCGUAUCAUGUUCCACUCGUGCAACGGUUUCAGUGUUGGAACCGACGAGGAGGCUUGGAGCGGACCGGCGCUGUGGAACGACGUGGCACGAAAGCACCGCGAGAUUCCUUUUCAUGUCAUGGUUGGCGGUGGUGACCAGAUCUACAACGAUGGCAUUAGAGUUGAUGGUCCUCUCCGCCCGUGGACUGAUAUAAGCAAUCCCAAGAAACGUAGAGACUACCCGUUCCCAGAGACAAUGCGAGCAGAAUGCGACGACUACUACCUCAAAAACUAUAUUCGCUGGUACAACACUGAUCCCUUUGCUGAGGUCAACGGGCAGAUUCCCCAGAUCAAUAUCUGGGAUGACCACGACAUUAUUGACGGAUUCGGCUCAUAUGUCGAUAACUUCAUGCAGUGUGAUGUAUUCCGCGGUAUUGGUGGCACUGCUCAUAAAUAUUACAUGCUCUUCCAGCAUCAUAUGCCACCUCCUCUAUCGACUUAUACUUCUGACCAUGCCGCCAUCGAGAAAGCGAGCAAAGGACCCGAUCCUAAUCAACUGAUGGACACCUAUGUGGCACCUAUGUUUGAGUCCCCUGAGUAUAUCGUCGGCGACCACCCCGGCCCAUACGUUGCUGAGCGCUCACUCAACAUCUAUACACGCCUCGGCGCCCGUAUUGCUCUGCUGGGCAUUGACGCUCGAGUAGAGCGCACUCGCCAUCAAAUCAAUUAUCCUGAGACAUACAAAAAGGUCUUCCAAAGGCUUCGUUCGGAGCUUGAAGCAGCAUCAGCGGCAGGAGAGUCAAUUAAACACUUGAUUCUCCUUCUCGGAAUUCCGAUCGCCUAUCCCCGCUUGACUUGGCUCGAAAACAUCUUCCGCAGUCCUGUUAUGGGUCCCAUCAAGAUCCUCAACAAACGGUUCGGACUCGGUGGAAGUCUGUUCAACCAGUUCGACGGUAGCAUCGAUCUUCUGGAUGAUCUGGAUGACCACUACACGGCCAGGACACACAAGAAGGAAAGACGAGAACUGAUGGUUGAACUUCAAAAAAUAUCUGCCGAGUUCAACAUACGUGUGACAAUCCUUGGAGGUGAUGUUCACCUAGCUGCACUGGGUCGUUUCUACUCCAACCCAAGCCUGAAGAUUCCGGUUGAGGAGGACCAUCGUUACAUGGUCAACGUUAUCUCGUCAGCCAUUGUCAACAAGCCACCACCCACGGCUGUAGCAAAUCUCCUGGCCAGGAGGAACAAGAUCCACCAUUUGAAUGCUAAGACGGAUGAGACCCUGUUGGAUCUGUUCAACAAAGACCCGGGCGACUCAAACAAGACGGCUAACCACAACCACUGCACAAUGCCAAGCCGGAACUUUGCAACCAUUACCGAAAACUCGCCCAACAAUCCUGAGGCCCCCAAUGGCAGCAUCGACGAGAACGGAACAGAGGCAUCAGAGCAGAACUUCCUGGGUAAUGAUGGCCAUAAGGUACUUCACAGGGGAGAGGUUCAGGCUGGAACAACACACAAGGCAGCAUCAAGACAAUCCCAUGGCAGGUCCAACGACGGAACACUUGACGUAUGCAUUAACGUGGAGAUCAACCAGCAUGACAAGGAGGGACGAACUGAGAUGUACGGCUUGACGGUACCAUUGCUCAACUACCGACAGCGAGACGAGCCCAUGACGCCUAGAGAGUCGGUCACAUCAGGCAGCCAGCAUUAGGAGGACUUGAAGGCUGAUCAAUGGGGGGAGAGUCGUCAAACAAAACGAAAGACCGUUAGAGUUCGGGCCGGUGUUACGGGCUUGCGAAGAGCAAUUACGGGGUGGGUCCAACGAUUAUGGGGCCGGGCCGGAGGAGCCGGCUUGCGAAGGCGAAAUGGAAGAGGACUAAAGUGAGGGAGUACCUGGGGAGGGGGUGAGAGAUGGCCCAACCCAUGACUGUCCGUCGACCAGUAAGAGAGGAGCUAUUCCCAUGGGGUAGCUUUCAUUUGUUUAUACCCGUUCAAGGCAAUUGCCUGGCAUAAAAAUGCACAUGAAGUUAAGUUAUUGGGCGAACAGUAGGCUGUACGGAUCUGGGGAAGUGAGAUGUCUUAGUAGAGCAUCAUUGAAGUAUCGAGUUAGCGGGGUUGACUAGAGUCAUGUUUUCCUCUUUACCUAAUCCAAUGUAUUUCAGCAUUAUAUCAUGUCUAUCCGUCUUGGACCGUGUUUUUCUGCCACCAAAAGCACGUCUUGUGAAGCAGAUAAGGAAAAUUUCUUCCCCAGGCUUCCCAAGUCAAAAGAAGCAAAG